UUUUUUUACAAAUACAGAAAAAAAAAGGACAAUUUUUCUUCAAUGCCAGUUUUCACUUCAGCAGCUCAACUACCACAAACGGAGAGUUAACCGUCGCCGUUCGGAGCUCCGGCGAAGUUUCAAAUGUUGACGGAGUACUUCUCUUGUCUGUUACCGGGUCGGAGGUCCGAUUCCGGUAACGAUGUUGUUGCUGAUAGAAACCCGGUUUUGUUAGUAUCGGGUAUUGCUGGGUCCAUUCUCCAUUCUAAGAGUAAGAAAUUUGGUAGUUUCGAGACCCGAGUUUGGGUCCGAAUUCUCCUAGCUGAACAUGAGUUCAAAAAAAAGUUAUGGUCAAUUUACAAUCCAAAAACAGGGUAUACAGAGGCAUUGGAUGAUAGCACAGAGAUAGUAGUGCCACAAGAUGAUUAUGGACUCUAUGCAAUUGACAUUUUGGAUCCUUCACUAAUGGUUAAGUGUGUACACUUGACCGGUGUAUACCAUUUUCAUGAUAUGAUUGAUAUGCUUGUCAAAUGUGGAUAUAAAAAGGGAACUACGUUGUUUGGUUUUGGUUAUGACUUCCGCCAAAGUAAUAGGAUUGACAAAGCAAUGAAUGACCUGAAAGAAAAGUUGGCUACAGCUUAUAAGGCUUCUGGGGGAAGAAAAGUUGAUAUUAUUUCGCAUUCCAUGGGCGGAUUGUUAAUCAAAUGUUUCAUUUCUCUUUAUAGUGAUGUAUUUUCCAAGUAUGUGAAUAAGUGGAUUACCAUUGCCACCCCAUUUCAAGGUGCUCCUGGAUGCAUUCAUGAUUCUCUUUUAACUGGAGUGCAGUUCGUUGAUGGAUUUGAAAGCAACUUUUUUGUGUCAAGGUGGACAGUUCAUCAAUUGUUGAUUGAGUGCCCUUCAAUCUAUGAGAUGUUGCCAAAUCCUGACUUCAAGUGGGAAAAGCAACCUGAAAUUCUGGUAUGGCGGAAAAAAUCCAAGGAUGGGAAUACAAUGGUUAAAUUAGAACGUUAUGAUGCUAGCACAAGUGUGACUCUCUUUGAGGAAGCAUUGAAGAGCAAUGAGCUCAACUUAAAUGGUAAAACAGUGCCUCUACCUUUCAACUUAUCAAUUCUUGAUUGGGCAGCUAGUACUCGCAAAAUUUUAAAGGAUGCUCAAUUACCGAAAGGGAUCCCCUUAUAUAACAUCUAUGGGACAUCUUUUGAUACACCUCUUGAUGUUAGUUACGGUUCAGAAGCUUCUCCAAUCGAGGACAUAACGAAUGUCUGCCAUACAAUGCCCCAAUAUUCCUUCGUGGAUGGUGAUGGAACUGUUCCAGCUGAAUCAGCAAUGGCUGAUAAUUGUGAAGCAGUGGAAAGAGUAGGAGUUCAGGCUGGUCACAGGGGACUAUUACGCGAUGAGAAAGUUUUCGAGCUUAUUAAGAAGUGGCUUGGCGUCUCCGAUAAAAAGAAGGUGCAUUCCACAACCUCUAGAGUAAUGGACCUUUAUGCAGGUCAAUAGUUGUAAACAAUGUGUUCAGCUCAUUCUUAGACCCUUUCCCUUUUGCUUCUCUCAGCUUUAUUAGUUAGUAGUUAUAAGUAUACACACGUACAAUCCCUGGAGAAUGUAGAAAAAUAGCUUCUCAAUCAUCGCGUAUGUUAGUAACAAUCUGCAUUACACACACUAGAGAAUUCGAAACUUGAACCAACACUUGUUGUAAUCACAAUGUUUUUCGUGUAAAUAUACGCAAUAAACCAGAGGUUUUAUCGUUC